GCGCGCGGGGGGCUGCCCCGGCCCGGGGCCUGGGCCUGGAGGGUAGUGGGGGGGUGCAGGGGGCUGGGGUGUUCUCCCUGGACCCCGCAUACGUUACCUUCAUGGCGCAGUGGGAUGGGAGAGCCCUCCUGGCCGUGCUGGGGUGGGGCCUGGCCUCACAUACAUUACCUUCAUGGCGCAGUGGGAUGAGCAGUCCCUCCUGGCAAGCGGGAGAUGGGAGAGCCUGGCCCCUGCGUGUCUGAGUCGCAGAGUGAUAAAAUAUGGCCAGGCAAAUACCAGAAUCUGAUCAAAUCAAGCAGUUCAAAGAGUUUCUUGGGACAUACAAUAAGCUUACAGAAACCUGCUUCCUGGAUUGUGUGAAAGACUUCACUAGCCGAGAGGUUAAAUCAGAAGAGACAACCUGCGCAGAACACUGCUUACAGAAGUAUUUGAAAAUGACACAGAGGAUCUCCAUGAGAUUUCAGGAGUACCACAUUCAGCAGAAUGAAGCUCUGGCUGCUAAAGCAGGACUUCUUGGCCAGCCUCGCUAGACAAGACUGCUGUGUUCAGACUUCUUUCUAAAGCAGUGCCAAUGUUUACUGGGCUGGAAGUGCAGAUGUUUUGAUCUAACAGCUGUUGUGGGUGUAUGCACCAGAUCAGAACAGUGUUUUAUAGACCAUCUGGCAGGUGGAAAUUUAAGGAAACAAUGAUGGGCUACAGGCAAAUUCAUUAAUGGCCGACAGGCAAGUGGAGCCUAUUUUCAAGAGCCUUUUUACUGUGCAGUGGAAUAAUGUUGGUACAGCCUUUUCCAGAGGCCUGCAGUCUGGCAGAUACAGAGGUUUUGGGGAAUGGCCAUUUUUUUUUUUUUGGUGUAAUUCCACUAUGACUGUUAAUUUCAAUACAAAACACAUUUUAUGGAAAUAUAGUAUCUAAAUGUCUGUCUUUUUUUUUUAUUUAAUCAAAGUAAAAUAAUUUCAAACUGU